AUGGAUGAGCAGAGGCGGCAGAAUGUAGCCUACCAGUACCUGUGCCGGCUGGAGGAAGCCAAGCGCUGGAUGGAGGCCUGCCUGAAGGAGGAGCUUCCUUCCCCAGUGGAGCUGGAGGAGAGCCUUCGGAAUGGAGUCCUGUUGGCCAAACUAGGCCAUUGUUUUGCACCCUCUGUGGUUCCCUUGAAAAAGAUCUAUGACUUGGAGCAGUUACGGUACCAGGCAACUGGCUUGCACUUCCGUCACACAGACAACAUCAACUUUUGGCUGUCUGCAAUAGCCCACAUUGGUCUGCCUUCGACCUUCUUCCCAGAGACCACAGACAUCUAUGACAAGAAGAACAUGCCCCGAGUAGUCUACUGCAUUCACGCACUCAGUCUCUUCCUUUUCCGUCUGGGAUUGGCCCCACAGAUACAUGAUCUGUACGGGAAGGUGAAGUUCACAGCUGAGGAACUCAGCAACAUGGCCUCUGAACUGGCCAAAUAUGGACUCCAGCUGCCUGCCUUCAGCAAGAUUGGGGGCAUUCUGGCCAAUGAGCUCUCAGUGGAUGAGGCUGCAGUCCAUGCCGCUGUUCUUGCCAUCAAUGAGGCAGUGGAGCAAGGGGUAGUGGAGGACACCCUGGCUGCUUUGCAGAACCCUAAUGCUCUGCUGGGAAAUGUUCGCGAGCCCUUGGCAGCCAUCUACCAGGAGCUGCUGGCCCAGGCCAAGAUGGAGAAAGCUGCCAAUGCCAGGAACCGCGAUGCUGGAGAAAACCAGGACAUCUAUGACUGCUACCUAACUCAGGCUGAAAUCCAGGGCAACAUCAACCGUGUCAAUGUCCAUGGAGCACUAGAAGUGGUUGAUGAGGCCCUGGAAAGACAGAGCCCUGAGGCCUUGCUUAAGGCCCUUCAAGACCCUGCACUGGCCCUUCAAGGAGUGAGACGAGACUUUGCUGAUUGGUACCUGGCACAGCUGAGCUCAGACAGAGAGCAGAAAGCACAGGAGCUGGGCCUGGAGGAGCUUCUGGAAAAGGAGGAGGUCCAAGAUGGUGUGACUGCAGCCAACAUGAAGGGUGAUCAGGAGCAAGCCAUGCUCUGGGCUGUACAGAGGAUCAAUAGGGCCAUCCAGAGGGGAGUGGCUGCUGAGACUGUGAAGGAGCUGAUGUGCCCUGAAGCCCAGCUGCCUCCGGUAUACCCCUUUGCCUCAACUCUGUACCAGCAGGAGCUGGCAGUGCUCCAGAAGCAGCAGGAGGGGGAGCUUGACCAGGAGGAGCUCUUUGUGGCUGUAGAAAUGCUCUCAGCGGUGGUCCUGAUUAACCAGGCCCUGGAGGCCAGGGAUGCCAGCGGCUUCUGGAGCAGUCUGGUGAACCCUGCCACUGGCCUGGCUGAAGUGGAAGGAAACAAUGCUCAGCGUUACUUUGAUGCUCUGGUGAAGCUGCGACAGGUGCGUGGAAUAGAUGGAAUCAUGUUGAGCUGGAACGACCUACAGACCACUGUGAGCCAGGUCAAUGCCCUUGUUCAGGAAGAGACCAAUCAGGUCCUUGCUGUCAACCUCAUCAAUGAAGCUUUGGACCAAGACAGCCCCGAGAAGACUCUCUCUGCCCUGCUGCUUCCCACUGCCGGCCUGGAUGGUGUCAGCCUCCCUGUUGGCCCUCGGUACCAUCUCCUCCUUGUGGCAGCCAAAAGGCAGAAGGCACAGGUGACGGGGGACCCUGGGGCUGUGCUCUGGUUGGAAGAGAUCCGCCAAGAAGUGGUUAGAGCCAACCGGGAUACUGAAACAGCUCAGAGAAUGGCUCUCGGCGUGGCUGCCAUCAAUCAGGCCAUCAAAGAGGGCAAGGCAGCCCAGACAGAGCGCGUGCUGAGGAACCCUGCUGUGGCCCUCCGAGGGGUGGUUCCCAACUGUGCUAGCGGCUACCAGCGAGUCCUAGAAGAUAUCAUGGCAAAGAAGCACUGCCCAGGGGACGUAGCUUUCUGGGUUCCACAUGACCUGAAGGAUGGCACCACAUACUACUUCCAUCUGCAGACCUUCCAAGGGACCUGGGAGCAGCCCCUUGGCUGCCGCCUCAACACCUCCCAUCUGACACGGGAGGAGAUCCAGUCUGCCAUCACCAAGGUCACCGCUGCCCAUGACCGCCAGCAGCUCUGGAAGGCCAACGUCGACUUUGUCAUCCGGCUCCAGGCCCGCCUCCGUGGUUUCCUGUCUCGGCAGAGAUUUGCUGAACGUUCCCACUUUCUGAGGACCUGGCUCCCCGCAGUCAUAAGAGUCCAGGCUCAUUGGCGGGGCUACAGGCAGCGGAAGAUUUAUCUAGAACGGUUGCAGUAUUUAAAGGCAAACGUGGAUGCCGUGAUCAAGAUCCAGGCAUGGGCCCGCAUGUGGGCAGCCCGGAGGCAAUACCGGAGGCGUCUGGGCUACUUCCAGAAGAAUGUCAAUGCCAUUGUAAAGAUCCAGGCAUUUUUCCGAGCCAGGAAAGCCCGGGGUGACUACAGGGCCUUAGUCCACAUGUCCCAUCCCCCUCUCAGCGUGGUGCGCAGGUUCGCCCACCUCUUAAAUCAAAGCCAGCAGGACUUCUUGGCCGAGGCGGAGCUACUGAAGCUUCAGGAAGAGGUAGUCAGGAAGAUCCGGUCCAAUCAGCAACUGGAACAGGACCUCAACCUCAUGGACAUCAAGAUUGGCCUGUUGGUAAAGAACCGGAUCACACUCCAGGAGGUGGUCUCCCACUGCAAAAAGCUGACCAAAAAGAAUAAGGAACAGCUGUCGGAUAUGAUGGUUCUGGACAAACAGAAGGGGUUAAAGUCUCUGAGUAAAGAGAAACGGCAGAAACUGGAAGCUUACCAACACCUCUUGUACCUGCUCCAGACUCAUCCUAUCUAUCUGGCCAAGCUGAUUUUCCAGAUGCCACAGAACAAAACCACCAAGUUCAUGGAGUCAGUGAUUUUCAGCCUGUAUAACUAUGCCUCCAACCGCCGCGAGGCCUACCUUCUGCUCCAGCUGUUUAAGACCGCACUCCAGGAGGAAAUCAAGUCAAAGGUGGAUCAGCCCCAGGACAUGGUGACUGGCAACCCUACAGUGGUGAGACUGGUGGUGAGAUUCUACCGUAAUGGGCGGGGACAGAGUGCUCUGCGGGAGAUCCUGGGCAAGGUUAUCCAGGAUGUGCUGGAAGACAAGCUGCUCAGCGUCCACACAGACCCUGUCCACCUCUACAAGAGCUGGAUCAACCAGACUGAGGCCCAGACUGGACAGCGCAGCCAUCUCCCCUAUGAUGUCACCCCAGAGCAAGCCUUGAGUCACCCUGAGGUCCAGAGACGGCUGGACAUCUCCCUUCGCAAUCUCCUCGCCAUAACGGAUAAGUUCCUUGCAGCCAUCAUAUCCUCCGUAGACCAAAUUCCGUACGGGAUGCGAUACGUGGCCAAGGUGCUGAAGACAACGUUAACAGAGAAGUUCCCCAAUGCCACAGAGAGCGACAUCUAUAAAGUGGUAGGAAACCUCCUGUACUACCGGUUCCUCAACCCAGCGGUGGUGGCCCCCGACGCCUUCGACAUUGUGGCCAUGGCAGCAGGCGGAGCCCUGGCAGCCCCCCAGCGCCACGCUUUGGGGGCCGUGGCUCAACUUCUGCAGCAUGCUGCGGCUGGAAAGGCCUUCUCUGGGGAGAGCCAGCACCUGAGGGUCCUCAAUGACUACCUGGAGGAGACGCACCUCAAGUUCAGGAGGUUCAUCUGCCGAGCCUGCCAGGUGCGAGAGCCCGAGGAGCGCUUUGCGAUGGACGAGUACACAGACAUGGUGGCCGUGGCCAAGCCCAUGGUGUACAUCACUGUAGGGGAGUUGGUCAACACGCACAAGCUGUUGCUGGAGCACCAGGACUGGAUUGCCCCUGAUCACCGCGACCCCCUUCAUGAGCUCCUGGAGGAUCUUGGGGAGCUGCCGGCUGUCUCUGACCUCCUCGGGGAGAAGGUAACUGCAGACGGGAGCGUGGAUCUGAGCAAGCUAGAAGUGUCGCUGACACUCACCAACAAGUUUGAAGGGCUGGAAGCCGCCGCCAACGAUACCGACACUCAGAGCCUGCUUCUGAGCACCAAGCAGAUGUUGGCUGACAUCAUGCAGUUCCACCCUGGGGACUCCAUUGAGGAGAUCCUGUCCCUCUCGGCGUCCAGAGAGCAGGAAGCUGCCCACAAACGACUGAUGUGCAGACGCGAAGCCUGUGAGGCCCAGACUCCAGAGCCUCUUCGACGACACCGCUCACUGACAGCUCACUCCCUCUUGCCACUGGAAGAGAAGCAGCGCCGGGUCCUGAGGAACCUUCGCCGACUGGAGAGCCUGGGGCUGGUCAGUGCCGGCGACGGCUACCAGAGGCUGGUGGAUGAACUGGCCAAGGACAUCUGCAACCAACGCAGACACCGGCAGCGGCGGAAGGCGGAGCUGGUGAAGCUGCAAGCCACUUUCCAGGGCCUGAGCACCAAGACUGCCUUCUUUGAGGAGCAGGGUGACUACUACAGCCAGUACAUCCGGGCCUGCCUGGACCACCUGGCCCCCAGUUCCAAGAGCACUGGAAAGCGGAAGAAGCAGCCAUCCCUUCAUUACACCGCUGCACAGCUCCUGGAGAAGGGUGUCUUGAUAGAAAUUGAGGAUCUCCCCACGUCUCACUUCAGAAAUGUGGUCUUCGAUAUCACCCCUGGAGAAGAAGCAGGGAAGUUUGAAGUAAAUGCCAAGUUCCUGGGAGUGGACAUGGAGCGGUUUCAGCUUCACUAUCAGGACCUCCUGCAGCUCCAGUAUGAGGGUGUGGCUGUCAUGAAGCUCUUCAACAAGGCCAAGGUCAAUGUUAAUCUUCUCAUCUUCCUCCUCAAUAAGAAAUUCUUACGGAAGUGACAGAAGCAGUGGGGGGCCGCCCCUCUCACCCCCUCUUACCUCACGGGAUGCUUUUCCAGACACUAACUUACUACUCAGCUUCCCUUCAGACACCUGGAGCUCAGGACUGGGCAGGGCUGAAGCAGCUAUACCUUCCCCAGCUGGGAGGAGUCUGUCUACCUGACCAUAGGCAGGGUCUCUAAUUGACUAAGGUGAGC